AUGACGGAUGUGCAAAUCUUAGAUAAGAGAGGAGAUGUCGCUAAGGAAUCGAGGAAACAACAGCGAAAGGAAUUGGAAGAACAACAUUGGUACCAUGGUUUACUGUCCAGAGAAGACAUCGAGAAGUUGUUGGUUAAGAAUGGAGACUUUUUGGUGCGCGUGACGGAUAAUCAAGGAGUGCAUCAAAUUGUCCUCAGUAUUCAUGUCGGUGAAAGAAAUAUUCAUCUAACUAUUGCUGUGACGGAGGAUGGUUGUUUUCAGUUAUCAGUGCUGCGAAGGGGAAGAAAGUUUCCUUCAAUUUAUGAUUUGGUGCAAUAUUACAAGAUGCAUAAAAUUAAGAUAAAAGAUGCAAGCGGCAAAGAUAUUCGUUUGGGAGAUGGUGUACCCAAGCCUAAAUGGCUUGUUAAACAUGAAGCGAUUAAUUACGACAGAAAUAAAUUGCCGCUUGGUUCAGGAAAUUUUGCUGAUGUCUAUCUUGGCACAUUCACUUGCGAUAAAGAUGGCAAUAAGCAAGUUGUACCUGUGGCUGUCAAGAUUAUAAAGCCUGAAAAGGGUGGUAGACGCGAAGCGAAGCAAUCAAUGAUAAGAGAAGGCAAAAUUAUGAGUUUUUACAAUCAUGAAAACGUUGUUCAGUUUUAUGGAGUGGCAUGUGAUCGGCCACCGAUAGCCAUUGUAAUGGAAUACUGUCCUGGUGGUAGUUUGGAAAAUCAUCUCAAAAAACAAAAGGAAAAUAUUGUCAUUGGCGAGCGAAUUGAAUAUUGUCUGGAGGCAGCACUUGGCAUGCGAUAUUUGCAUAUGCAAGGCUGUCUUCACCGUGAUCUUGCUGCGCGUAAUUGUCUUAUUUCGAUGGCUGGUCUAGUAAAAAUUUCAGAUUUCGGUCUCAGUAAAACAGACACACUUGAUAGAGAGAAUGACAUUGAAAUGAACGGUAUUCCAGUGAGGUGGAUGGCACCAGAAACCCUCGUCAGAAAUCCUCAGUUCUCGAAGAAGAGUGAUGUAUGGUCAUUUGGAGUUCUUUUAUAUGAGAUUUUCAAUUUGGGUAUGAAGCCAUGGCCGAAUGAUGAAAAUAGAAAGAUAGCUACUAAUAUUCGGCACAUUCGAAUGCCACAAAUGCCGUCAAUAACACCACCAUCAAUCAAAGCUUUGGUUUCAACUAUAUGGAUAAAAAAUGUAGAUAAUAGACCGAAUUUCAAAAUUAUAUGUAAGAAACUGCACGAUAUGCAAAAGGGCGAUCUAAAGCCACCACCAGUUGCCGAAUGUGCUGUAAAUCGUAUACCAAAUGUGAAACGAAUGGAAUAUAUCAAAAUAGAGCACAUCUUGGACGAAACAAUAGAAGAAGCAGAACCUGUAGAAACACCGACAAUAACUACUGAUGAAACUACUGAGGGGGGAAGAAGAGUACGUAGAAGAUCAGUGGACACGAAGUCAUUUUUUGUAAAUCCCAUUCAACACCAUUGA